AUGGACUAAAUAUCAGAAGAAGCAAUAAAAAAUAUGCCAAAAAAACCUUAGAAUGCUUACAUGUUAUUCAGGGCAGAUACUUAUGAUGAUCUUAGGAAAAAGAACCAAGAUAAAAGUAUGACUGAAUUGACUUCAAUGAUAUCAUCCUUAUGGGGAGAGAUGGAUGAUAAGAAGAAGGAUGUAUAUUAAUAUAUUAAGAACCUUUUUAUUAGAAAUACAAUAAAGAUUAUGAAAAGGCUACUGAAUAAUAUAAAACAGAUUAUGCUGGAUGGUUGAAGAAGUACAAAUUGGAUGAAGAUAAAGUAAAGAAGUUUCUCAAGGAUAAUAAAUAAGCUAAAAAGAAGAAUAAGAAGGGUUCCAAAAAAGUUACUAAGGCAUCUAAAAAUGAAGAUGAAAGUGAUGAUGAAGAUGAACAGAAAAUUUAGUCAUUAAAAAAUAAGAACUAAAAAAAAUAAUAAGAAUAAAAGGAUUAGAAUGCAUAAAAGAAUACUAAGGAAUAAUAAUAGAAUUAAAAGCCUGUUCCAUAAUAAAAAGAAAAGGAUAAGAAGGAUAACAAGAAAAAGUGA